UGAAAGGAUACAGCGACCUCCACUUACACACAAAAUGUCAACAGCAUCCGGACAUGUACUUCGUUCGAAAGUUGAACGACAAGCAUCAGACGAUGCCGAUGAUGCUAUAUUAAAACAAUACUUAAAAAAUCAUAAUGUGAUUUCAUCAAAUGAACGUAUAUCAUAUGUUGAAGUUAGUUCUGCGACACCUUUACAAACUGCAGUUGAGCGUGGUAAAGAAAUAGUUGGUAGCAAGGAUUUAGUAGUAAUGGGACGUGGACGACAAGCUGCGAAUUUGAAUCACAGAGAGGAAUUUUUAGAAAUAGUUAAAAAUUUGGGAUCAUUUGGUAAUGAUACUCGAAAAUCAUUGGGUGAUGUUGCAGAAUCAUUUUUAGUUGGAGGAGUUACUUCUAGUAUUUUAGUUGUUCAAGCCAAAAGGUUUCUUGACGAAAGUCUAGAUGAUGUUUAA